UAUGCUUAUCUCUUAUCUUCAAUUUCUCCUAUUGGUAAUAAAUCCUAUAGUUGAGAAUUCUCUUAAAGAAGAUUGUAAAGGUUUUAAUACUUACGAUUCAUGCGAACUAAUCUCCAAAAGGCGCGAAGAUAGAGAUACUGAGCAGAGAAUUACCCUAAGAUGGAGUAUGAGAGACAGGCAAUCAUUUAGUUGCAUACCUGAUCAUCUGCCAAAAUUUAAGGAUAUCGAGUCAUAUGACUAUGUUUUAGUAUAUCCAGAAUUUUAUAGAGACGACGGAUUUAUUAGUGAAGCUAAUCUAGAAGACGUAAAGAAAAACAUAUACUUUAAAAGCAAACAUAAAGUAAAAAUUACACGCUAUGCAAAAACUAGUUGGAGUGGAAUCUAUAAGUGUUUAUUAAUUAAAGAAGAUAAAUUAAUUCAUGAAUUUAGUCAUUAUCUAAGUAUUUCUGAUUACGCAGCAGUAAUUCAAACAGAAACUUAUAUUUCUGACGUUUCAAGUUGCACUAAUUUUAGAUUACUUCAAAAAACAGCUAAUAUUUUACAAAAAGAAUAUUCUAGGGAUUUAAAGGAAAAGAUAAGGAAAUCGUUCAAUAUCAGGGUCAGGGUAGAUUGUGAAUUGAACAAUAUGAGAAUGGAAGAUAUAAUUGAUGACAAAAAAUCAACAGAAUUGGAGAAGAAUGUUAUAAAAUAUUAUAAUUCGGUUGGUUUAUAUAUUAAAAGAUAUAGCGCAAAAUUUCAUUUUGAUAUUUGGUUAGUGAGUUUUAUUUCAAGCUCAUGCGCAAACUGUCCAGAAUCAGCUGCUAAGAAAAUCUAUAAAAAAGGGUCUAAUCUACUAAAAUCAAACCUAAAGACGUACACAAAACAAAUUGAUAAACAAUUUAGAAAUCUUUAUAAAUCAAAUACAAUUAAACGUCUAAAGAGAUUUUGUCUCCCUGGCUACGAACCUCUGAAUAUCUUAAAUCCAAAUUGUUUAAAAACAAUUAGAUGCUUACAACUAUUGAGAAAUAAGUCGCAAGACGUUUUCUUGGAUCGGUUCUGUAGUAAAUGUUUGCCUGGUUUUUAUAAGCCAAACGAUCGGAUGGAAUUAUGUAAAAAAUGCCCAAUUGGAUCAUUUACCGAUCAAUUGGGUAGUGUAAUUUGUUUCAAUUGUCCAACAGGAUCAACAACUCUUGCUGUUGGAUCGCACUCUUGGAAAAAUUGCACUCGAGAGAAAGAUUUAGGAAGCGAACUAGCAACCGUUAAAUACGGGUAUAAUGCUAAACUGAAAUGUAAAUUAAUCGACAAUUUUAUUCAGCAGUCUGCUACAAGAGUUGAAUGGUUAACCUUAAACCCUACUCAAUUAGUAAAUAAAACUAGAUCUAGUAUUUCUCAAGAUGGAUAUUUGCUUUUAAAGAGUGUAGACGAAUCUCAUAACGACGUUUACAAAUGUCAUCGAUAUGGCCGUAUAGAUGGUCAGAGUUACGUUCUCACCUAUAGAAUUGCCUUAGCUGUUGAAGUGAAUAUUGUUAAGAUAGUUCAUCAGGAAUGGAAAUGGAAAAUCAAAUUCUGUCAAUCGUACGAUGAUGAGUUUUACGCUAAAUUAAUAAAUUCUGAAUUAUGUUAUCAAGUAAAAAAGACAAUAAAAUCUGAUUGUUUAUUUAAUACUACUCAAACAUGUAAGAGAGAGGAAGACGAUUCCUUAAGCGAAUUGAAAUACGACUAUGUAGUAUCCAUAUUUAUAACUUAUAGAUAUAAUGAAUAUUCCAAAGCUAAUUUAAGAAAGCAUCUUUUAAUAUUAAAUGAAAUACGAGAUAUUUAUUUACGAAAGAAGGGUCAUUAUGAGAAUAUGAUAAGUACAGUUAUAGAUUUGCCUUAUACUGUCUCAAAAACUUGUGAUCGUGGAUAUGAAACUAACGGGCAAUAUUGUAUCCCCUGCCUGCUGGGACGAUUUAAACCCGAUCAGAGUACAAAUAGAUGCAGAAGAUGCCCGAAAGGUUAUUAUCAGUUCAAGAUUGGUUCUACUGAUUGUAUAAGAUGUCCAAAGGGCACUACUACAGUAAAAGUGGGUUCUGAUAGAAAAUCUCUUUGUAAAGCUGAUUCUUACAGUUAUAGAACGGAAAUAAUAACCAGGAGGGGUAAUUUGGUUCUUAUAAGAUGUAGGGGAGAAUCUAGUACUUCAAGAAAAAAGAGAUAUCGUUGGUAUUUUAGAUAUGGAGAAACUAGAAUCACAUUAUUCCAACAACAUUUUCCUACUUUAAGAAUUGAUUCAGCCAAGAAGCAUCAUUCUGGUAUUUAUGAAUGCGUUUUAAAGAACAUUGACGAGUUCGGAAUAGUAGUAGAAGAAACGUAUAGAACUGAUUUAUAUGUGUACAUUGAUCAAAAGAAGAGAAUAGAUUGUGAAAUAGGAAUGGAAUAUUCAGAAGUUUUGGGAGGAUGUUUACCAUGUAAAUUAGGCUAUCACUCCUCUAACAUUACAAAAAAAUGUAAACCUUGCGAUAUGUACUCUUAUCAAGACAAAAUUGGAAUGAAUUUCUGUUACAUUUGUCCAAACAAUCAAAUUACUUAUCAGAAUGGUAGCAAAUCUAAAAUGGAAUGUAUAAAUGAGGAUAACACAACUCUAACAGAUUCUGAAUUGUCAAAAUUAAAAAGCACAGCGGAAAAAACUUCUUUGGAAUUAAAUUCAUACAAAUUGAGGAGAAAUCUUGUAAAAGACCAUGUUAAGACUGAUGAUAAAUCAUGUAAAAAUAUUACAAACUUAAGAGAUUGCAAAGCAAGGGAAAGAGAAUGCAGUGUAACUUGCCCUCUUCAGGGUUUUUAUGUAAAAGAACAUAGCGAUCGUAAAUGUCUGUAUGGGGAUUUAGAAAAAGGGUGUAACGAAAAGACUGUUCCCUUUAGUAAAUGUUACUCAAAGGAGAUAUUCUCAGCCUGCUGUCUAACUUGUUUGAAAAAGAGUGAAUCUAGUGGCCUACCGUACAGCUGUCGCUAUGGUGAUAAGGAGGAUUGCGAAUCGAAAGAUUUAAGCAGAGACUGUAUAUUAAGUUAUAAUUUUGCCAGGAAAAAAUGUUGUAAUUACUGUAACAAACUAAGAAAUAGAAUAGAAACCAUUUGGUUAGGUGAUAGCACAAAAAUUGGAUGUAUUGAAUUAAGAGGGGAGUUGUUAAAAGGAGAUGAUUAUGUUUGGACAUCUCCCGAUGGAUUACAAAUUUUCAAUUACGAAGAGGAUUUAAACUUAGAUGAUUUAACUGGAGUAGCCCUAAUAAACUCGGAUGGAAAUUUAGUUAUUCACAGAGCUAAGAAACAUAUGACUGGAGUUUAUAAAUGUCAAGUACAGAUAGAGGGAAAGGACAGAAUAAUAAAUACUCAAAUUUCAAUCACGUUACUUGUAAUAUCAAUACCACUUUCAAAUAUAUUAAUUAUCUACGAAUUUAAGUCAAUGGAAAAGAAUGCAAGUCAGGAUAGUGUGCGGAAUUUUCUAGAUUCUAUGAGAGAGCAGGCAUGCAUAAGAGUUCGUUUUCAAGACUUUGGAAAGUGCUCCAAGAGAGUCGUAAAUGUUUUUUCGGAAUUAAACUCGUUCGGGAAAACUUUAAUUGUAAAUCUUACACUUGCACCUUUAAAUAGAUACAGAUCAAUCAUAAAUAAGACAACAGAUGCAUGUGACCGCAGUUGUCGCGAGGAUCUAAAAAACAAACUGAAUAAACAUGUGAUUAAUUUAUAUCAAUAUUUCAAAACAUCAGACAAUUUUAGGCAGAGCCUAGAGAAAAAUAAAAUUUUCCAAUUGACAAAAAAUGAAGAGAAGCAAGAUGACUUCCUCUUCGUUUGCGAAGACGGUUAUGAAUUGAUUUAUGAGACAGAGGGUUUAGCUUGUUCGCCUUGCAAACCCGGUUGGUACUCUAAGGAAUUGAAUCUGUGUCAUCCAUGCAGUGAUGGAAGUUACCAACCUAACUAUGGAUCAAAUUUCUGUUACCAUUGCCCAAUCGAUGAGGUAACGGAUAGAACUGGAGCAAUUAACCAAGACGAGUGUCAUCGUUUCUAGAUCAGUAGUAAUCUGAGGAACUCAUAGGUACAAAUACCACUAUAAGUUGUUUUUGUUCAUUAUUUCCUCAUUAAAGAGGCCAUAAUAGCUAAGUUUUUUCUUGUACGAAACCUUAUUCUUACCAUUAGUUGCUAUUUUCUGUUCGUUAAUAUUAGUGCUUUUCGAUGAAAC